AUGGCAUUGUUGACCAACAUAAAGCGCGUCUUGUUGCCAAGGGCUACUCGUAACAAGAUGGGGCAGUUGGCUAUAUCUAACGCAUUUCUACAUGGUUAUCUUGAUCAUGAAAUCUUUAUAGAGCAACUAGCUGGCCAUAUUAACAGUGAGCAUCCUGAUUAUGCUGACACCUCUUCGUUCAUUAAGCUACAUGGCAGUUCUAAGCUAUUUGAUCUUGUUUAUCUUGAUGACAUCCUUGUCACAGGUACUCAUUUAGAUAUGAUUCAUUCUUUUGUCAAAGAAUUACAUCAAGGCUUCCCUGUUCGUGACACAAGCUCUCCACAUUAUUUUCUUGGUGUUGAAAUUACUUACUUACUAGAUGGUCUACUUUUAUCUCAACAAAAAUAUAUUCGAGACUUGCUUUCCCAAACCAAUAUGGCAGUAAGCAAAUCUUGCUAUACGCCUAUGGCUACUAGUCCUCCUUUGUCAAAAUCCUUGAGGGAUCCUUUUAAAGAUGCUGAAUUAUAUAGAAAAAUUGUUGGGGCCCUUCAAUGCAUUACUCUCACUAGGCUGGAUGUUGCUUUCUCCGUCAACGAGCUAUGUCAAUUCAUGCAUUGUCCUACUAUUGUUCAUUGGAAAGCUGUAAAAUGCUUAUUGCGUUAUCUCAAGCAUACUAGUGUUUAUGGGUUGUUCUUUGUCAAGAACUCUUCUCCUUUGCUCCAAUGCUUUACUGAUAGUGACUAG